AUGAUCUGUUUAAGGAAGCAUUUUCUUAAAGAUAUCACUUACUUUUUGUUCUUAUUUGAAGAAUACUUAAUUUUAGCUUAAGAGCUAAAUUCCUAAUAACCAAAGUAUAUUUUUAGGUUAAAUCUCGAUACAAAAGUAUAUUGGCAAUAGGAAAAAUCAAAUUAUCAGCAGGUUGGAUUGGAAUACAAAGGAGAAGUUAAAUAUUUCAAUGGAGAUAACGAGGGACUGAAGCAAUUAAAGAUCUUGUUAAGGAAUAAGGUGAUGUAUCGGAAUGUGAGUGACUACUACUAACUCAUCAAACAAUUGGGAAGAGGAGGUUCUUCAAGGGUCUAUUUAGUGACAGAUAAAUGUACAAAUUAGUAAUUUGCAUCUAAAAAUGUAGAGAAACGAUAUUUGAAAGAAGAUGGUGGAUUUGAAGCCCUAUUUAAUGAAAUAAAGUUGAUGGCAGCACUCAAACAUGAAAGCAUAGUGAAAUUAGAAGAAGUGUAUGAAGGAGAGAACACGUUUUAUCUCAUAUUGGAAUACUUGAAAGGAUCUUCUCUUCACGACAUGAUUACAAAAGGAAUUAUACAGCUAGGAUGGGUUGAGAUAAAAGUGAUAAUGAUGUAAAUAUUAACUGGAGUGGAAUAUAUGCAUUCCUUAAACAUUAUGCAUCGAGAUUUAAAACCAGAAAACAUCAUGUUCAAGAAUUAAAAUGAUAUCAAAGGAUUAAGAAUAGUUGAUUUCGGAUUGGCAACAAGUACAAAAGUAACUAACUAUACAUUUCCUAAAUGUGGUACUCCUGGGUAUGUAGCACCUGAAAUAGCAAACAUGAAAAAUCAUUCAAUAAAAUACGACAAAAUUUGUGAUAUGUUUAGUGUGGGUUGCAUAUUUUAUAAAUUGUAAAUUACAUCCAAAGAUUUGUUUCCAGGAAAUGACUAUCAAGAAAUCUUGAAAUUGAAUAAAAAAUGCAUACUAAAUUUAGAUACUCUCAGUAUCUAUUAAACACCUUAAACAGCCAUGGAUUUGAUCUAUUAAAUGCUUUAGAUUGACCCAAAAAAUAGGAUUACUGCAUAAUAAGCUUUAGAACACCCAUUUUUUACAAAUACUUAUGAAGAUAGAAAGGUUAAAUUUUAGACAUAAAAAAAAACAUUAACUAAUACCUCUAAGCCUUGGCAAACUCUAACAUUUAAAUUAGAAAAGUCUGAUCAAUUGUAAUUGCCUGAGACUAAACAAAUCUCAAAGUAAAAGGAAGAAGACAUUGUGGAAGAUGAAAGAGUGACUAUCAAACUGCCGUCCAUUAAUAGUCCUAGAUUUGUUCAAUAAGCAAAAACUAAAAAUCUAGCAUUAGUAGAAGGUUCUCCAACUGAAUUACCUAAGAAAAGUGUUCUAAAGAAGUUUUCUACUUAGGAAUUCGAGCAUCUGACUCCAGAUACUUAAUCUCCUGAUUCAGGAAGAAUGAAUUUCAACAAUAGUCCAAGAUUCAUCUAACCAGAUGUAAUAAAGAAAAAUUUUACUUGUUCUAAAUAUAAUUAAAAAUAACAAGCAAUUUACGAAGUAGAUGAUGAAUAAAAACUGUGA